UUCUUGCCCCCUCCCACCCCCCCCCCCCCCCCAUCUCGACACUCGCGAGGCAUUUGAGCUUUAAAGUUUGGAGCACCGCGCGCAUCCGUACCCCCAAGAAAUCAGCCAUGAAGCAAAAGAUCGUGAUCAAGGUGCAGAUGACGUGCGACAAGUGUCGGUCCAAGGCCAUGGCGCUGGUGGCCGCGGCGAGCGGGGUCGACUCGGUGGCGAUCGCCGGCGACGACAAGGACCAGGUCGUCGUGGUGGGCGACGGCGUGGACUCCAUCAAGCUCACCAGCGCGCUGCGCAAGAAAGUGGGACCCGCGCAGCUGGUGCAGGUCGGCGACGCCAAGAAGGACGACGCCAAGAAGCCGCCGGCCGCCGCCGUGCCCCAGUACAUGUCGAACCCAUGGUACUAUCACUACCCGGCGCCGCAGCCGCCGGUCAGCGUCGUCUACGAGCACCCCGCCGGCGGGUACGGGUACGGGUACGGGUACCAGACGCCGCCGGACAGCAAUUGCUCCAUAAUGUAGAGAGAGCUAUAGCAUGCGUACGCCCGUACGGACCAGUGUCGUACAUGCACAAAUUUUCCCCUUUUUUUUCAGCACUACGCGAAUACAACUACACUAUUGGGACACGAAUCCUCUGCAUUAAUGACUAUUAAUACAGAGGAUUACUGUUUGCACAGUAAUAUGAGUCUGCUGCUACAGUAGAAACAGUAUUUGAUUCUA